AUGUGUAGAAUUGAAGAAGUAACCAACUUUCAGGUGUGCAAGCUCCUUAGGAGAAGGUUGGGUUCAUUUUUAAUGGGAUGGUUGGGUGUAAUAUUCAAAGGCAAGAUAUCACACAUGUCAGAUCACCUUGCAGUCGGACUUUCCACUGGUUAUCUUGGAAGCCUUACCACCUUCAGUGGUUGGAAUCAGAAAAUGCUCGAUCUUAGCGUCAAUGGGCAUUGGGUAUUCGCUGUAUUGGGCUUUCUCGUAGGGUUGUUUCUUGCUGCUUAUUCUAUUAUUGUUGGAAUCGAGACAGCUAAGGGUUUUAGGUGGCUUCUUGAAAGGACUGGAAAUAGUUCAAGCUUCAGUAAGUUGAGGGUGAAUAACUUUAAGAGUCACUUGAUAGUACUAACAGUAUUAAUGUUGGUGUGGGUUGGUUUGUGGACCACAAGUGGGAUCUUGGAGAACAAAGAAUUUAAAAAUGGCGGCAGUGGUGCUCAACUUUUGGUUGGAUGUCUAGUCGGUCCUUUCGGGGUUUGGUUGAGGUGGUGGCUUGCUCGAUUCAAUGGACGUGGAUUGGGGAAAGCAGGAAGGUGGAAAUGGAUCCCAUUUGGGACAUUGGCUGUUAAUGUGUCCGCAGCAUGCGUGAUGGCAGCUCUUGCUACUGUGAAAAAAGCGGUCAGUACAAAGGAUUGUGACACGGUUUCCUCAGGGAUACAAUUUGGCCUCUUGGGAUGCCUAAGUACUGUCUCCACAUUCAUGGCCGAAUAUAAUGCAAUGAGAGAGAGCAGUCAUCCUUGGAGGGCAUACGUAUAUGCAUUGAUCACCCUCCUGAUAUCAUUUGGCUUGGGAACCUUGAUAUACUCAGUACCUGUGUGGACAUUGGGGUACAAUUAGAGCCUGAGUUUUUUUUAGUUUUCUUUGAAAUUUAAGUUCAUCACGAAAAUACACAAUACUCGGUGCUAGUUUCAUGUUGAUUAGGCAAGUUUCAUUUUUUGUAAUAGUUGAAUUUUUUGUAAUACCAUGGAAGUGUAUAUAUAGUUAGAUACAAAAUAAUACAUCAGAACUCUGAGUAUCAGUUAUCAGUGUCUUCUGUAUAUGAGAUCAAGUCACAGAACAUGUUCUGAUGUAUUAAAAAAAAUAAAAAAACCAUGUAUUAGUCCAUCUUUCUCUCUCCCAACUCUGCAAAGAUCUCCUCCGGCUAAGAAUAUCGGCAGGUAAAGCUUCUUCUUUCAUGUUUCUUAUAUUGUGCCCUUUUUUCUUGUAAACUCAACUAUUUUGCAUUUUAAACUUUGGUUUAUUUCUUUAUAAUUUAUUAAAAUUAUAGCAGCUAAUGAUUUUGAGUAUAAUAUAAUCCUCUCUAAUCCUAGUAUCAAUGUAAGUGAAAAUAAAUUUUGUGUAUUAAAAAUUUAAUGAAGGGUCAUUUUUAUUUGAUUGAUUAAUU